UCUAGGGGUUUCGGCCGCCGGCGUGACCGUCUCCGCGCAGGCAUUUUCAUCAUUAGUAGGUUUUAUCGCUCGCAUUGUACCAGCCUUUCACAGGGGAUAGUCCGCUGACUGUGAUAUCGUGGACUUACGUGGGGAAGCACUCUCGUGUCAAUUGACUAAGGCCGACAGCUAGCAGAUCUCGCGUCUUUAUAAUUCAUCAUGGAUGGCCGCACCCGUGACUACGAACAGGAGAAAGCCAAAAUUCGCCAGUUUCUGGUCGAGUUCCACGUGAAGGAGGGCCGCAAAAAGGAUUUCAAGUAUGCCCGCCAGCUGACAGCACUGGCUCACCGCGAACAGGUUCUGCUCACCAUAGACCUGGAUGAUGUCGAGGGCUACGACCAGGAUCUGUCUGAGGCCGUGGUCGAAAAUGCCCGCCGUUAUACCCUUCUGUUCUCCGAUGUGGUGUACGACCUCCUGCCGGAGUACAAGACAAGGGAGGUGGCGGCCCGCGACGCGCUGGACGUCUACAUCGAGCACCGCAUGCUGAUGGAGGAGCGGCUGCGGCAGCCGGGCGAGAGCCGGGACCCGCGCAACAAGUACCCCUCCGAGCUGAUGCGCAGAUUCGAGGUGGUGUUCCGACUGCCGGCGACCGCCAAACACGUGGCCGUGCGCGAUAUCAAGGCCGAGCACAUCGGCAAGCUGGUGCAGGUCAAGGGCAUCGUGACGCGGGCCACCGAGGUCAAGCCCAUGCUGCAGGUGGCCACCUACACGUGCGACCAGUGCGGCGCCGAGACGUACCAGCCGAUCAACUCGCCGUCCUUCAUGCCGCUGCUGAUGUGUCCCAGCGAGGACUGCCGCGUCAACAAGUCCGGAGGCCGGCUGUACGUGCAGUCGCGCGGCUCCAAGUUCGUCAAGUUCCAGGAGAUCAAGAUCCAGGAACACAGCGACCAGGUGCCGGUGGGCAACAUCCCACGCUCGAUGACGAUCGUGUGCCGCGGCGAGCUGACGCGGCUGACGCAGCCCGGCGACCACGUGGCCGUGACGGGCAUCUUCCUGCCCGUGGCGCGCGCCGCCGGCUUCGCUGCCCUCACCGCCGGCCUGCUCAGCGACACGUACAUGGACGCGCACCGGCUGAUCCAGAUGAACAAGACGGACGACGACGAGGCCGACUGUGACCUGCUGACCGAGGACGAGAUCCGACUGGUCUCGCAGGACGACUUCUACGAGAAGCUGGCCCAGUCGAUCGCGCCGGAGAUCUUUGGCAUGGAAGACGUCAAGAAGGCGCUGCUGCUGCUGUUGGUCGGCGGCGUCGACACCAACCCCAACGGCAUGAAGAUCCGCGGCAGCAUCAACAUAUGCCUGAUGGGAGACCCGGGCGUGGCCAAGUCGCAGCUGCUCGGCUAUAUCGACCGUCUGGCUCCCCGCAGCCAGUACACGACGGGUCGCGGCUCGUCGGGGGUCGGACUCACGGCGGCCGUCAUGAAGGACCCGCUCACCGACCAAAUGGUGCUAGAGGGCGGCGCCCUGGUGCUGGCCGACCAGGGCAUCUGCUGCAUCGACGAGUUCGACAAGAUGGCCGACCACGACCGUACCGCCAUUCACGAGGUCAUGGAACAGCAGACCAUCUCCAUCGCUAAGGCGGGCAUCAUGACGUCACUGAACGCCCGGGUCUCCAUCCUGGCGGCCGCCAACCCGGCCUACGGCCGCUACAAUCCCAAGCGCUCAGUGGAGGCCAACAUCCAGCUGCCGGCGGCGCUGCUGUCCCGCUUCGACCUGCUCUGGCUGCUCAUGGACAAGGCCGACCGCGACAAUGACCUCAGGCUGGCCCAGCACAUCACGUACGUGCACCAGAACUGCGUGCAGCCGCCGACGCAGUUCGAGCCGCUGAGCAUGCGGCUCAUCCGGCGCUACGUGGCGCUGUGCCGGCGCAAGCAGCCCGCGGUGCCGGAGAGUCUGGCCGAGUACCUCGUCAGCGCGUACGUCGAGCUGCGUCGCGAAGCCCGCAACAACAAGGACAUGACGUUCACCUCGGCUCGCAACUUGCUGGCGAUACUUCGCCUGUCCACGGCGCUGGCCCGGCUCCGUCUGGUGGACACGGUGGAGAAGGAGGACGUCAACGAGGCCAUGCGGCUGCUGGAGAAGUCCAAGGACUCGCUGAACUGCGACGUAGAAGGCCGCGCACCCGUCUCUACCGCCAACGCCAUCUUUGAGCUGGUGAAGGGGCUGGCCGGCGUGGCCGGCACGGUGCGGCUGGCCGACGUGCAGGAGUUGUGCGCCAGCAAGGGCUUCACGCCCGACCAGAUCGAGCAGUGCCUCGACAGCUACCAGGACCUGAACGUGUGGAUGCUGAACCAAGGCCGCACCCGGCUUACGUUCGUCUGAGCGGCGCGCCGGCUCCCGUCCUCCGCAGCUG